GUAGGGCAAGACAGACCUGGGCUGGGCUGUGCGAGCUGAGCUGAGCUGGGGCCACCGAGUGACUGACUGACUGACUGACUGACGGAUCAGAGCCCCCCAGAGCUGGGCCGGAUUGUGGAGGUGGAGGCGGGGAGGCUCCCGGGACCCUCGAGGUGGCAGCCGGCGGCGUAGGAGACAGCGGAGUCUGCUGACCGGACUGGAGAAGGGUCGGGAGGGCGGUAAAGAGAGAGAGGGGGUCAGGCAGGUGCGGCGGCGGUGGAGGCGCCAGCCCCCCUUCCCCCAGGAUGCCCUCUGGAGCCCUGACGCAACGCGCUCCAUCGCCCUGGACCGGCUGCUCCCGGACCUGCUCUCUGAGGAUCUGUCUUGUUUGAGGGUCUGAUGAUGGAGUCGUCCCAGAGGCUGCUCAGGAGAUGUCCGCAGCCACCAGGCUCCAGGGAGAGUUGUGAUGGGGCCCGAGGUCUGACAGAAGCAGGACCCCGGUGAUGGGAUGAGCCAGUGGAUGGAGCCAGCCCCAAGCCAGCCAGGGAUCUGAGUGCCGCACAAACCCCCCCACCCCCACCCCAGCAAGGGCAUGGCCAAACCAUUCUUCAGACUCCAGAAGCUUCUUCGGCGUACACAGUUCCUGCUCUUUGUGAUCACGGCUGCCUAUCUGAUGGCUGGAAGCCUCCUGCUUCUCCAGAGGUCCCGCCUGGCCAUGAUGCCCCAGGGGCCAAGGCCAGCACCCAGCCCACUACAGGCCCUGCCCGUGGCUGCCGUGGCCCUGGGUGUCGGCCUCCUGGACAGCAGCUCCAGCCCCCGAGAAGGCCACAAGCUCCUCCUGGGCAUGGACAUGCUUCGGCGGCCACCCAGGGCCGAGCCAAGGCUUGGGCCCCGCUGGCUCAUGGCCCGCAACUCAGAGCUCCGGCAGCUGAGGAGGCACAGAUUUCGUCACUUUGUGAGUGACCAGGAAGGAGCUCUGGGCCCAGGGUCCCAUGGUGGGGACCCCAAGGUCCUGAAAGAGGCCUCUGAGAGCCAAGGCUCCUACAUGGGCUGCUUCAUUGACAGUGUCCAGGACAGGACUCUGAAGGGAGCCGUGUUUUAUGAUCUGAGGAAGAUGACAGUGGCAAACUGCCAGGAAGCCUGUGCUGAGCGGUCCUACACCUAUGCGGGCCUCCAGUAUGGUGCUGAGUGUUACUGCGGGAACAGGUUGCCCAAGAGAAGGUCCAAGGCGGAGGAAUGUAACCGGGAGUGUCGGGGGGAGAAAGGCUCCGUUUGCGGGGGGCUCAACCGACUCUCUGUCUAUCACGUCGGGGGGCUCUUGCUCAGCUCUACCAAACGAAGGACCGUCACCUACCGGGGAUGCUUCCGAGUGCCCAGGAACCUCACUGACACGCUGGCCAACUCAUUAACUCAGCCCAACCUGACUGUGGAGACGUGCUCACGGCUUUGCUCCAGUAAAGAGUUUCCACUGGCAGUCAUCAGAGGCCCUGAGUGCUUUUGUGGCUAUCCUACCCCGAAGUUCAGCCUGCAUGAUGCGGUGGACAGCUCCCUCUGCACCUGGGACCCUGAGACCCCGGGCUGGGGGGAUUACUGUGUGGUCUACCAGACACCCAUCCAAGACACACGAUGCAUUGACAGGCGCUUCUUGCCCAACAAAGCUAAAGUCUUCGUGGCACUGUCCAGCUUCCCAGGUGCUGGCAACACAUGGGCCCGUCACCUUAUCGAGCAUGCCACCGGCUUCUACACGGGCAGCUAUUACUUCGAUGGUGCACUCUACAAUAAAGGUUUUAAAGGGGAGAAAGACCACUGGAGGAGCAGAAGGACCAUAUGUGUGAAAACCCAUGAAAGUGGAAAGAGAGAGAUUGAAACGUUUGAUGCUGCCAUCCUGCUCAUACGGAAUCCAUACAGGUCACUCAUGGCAGAAUUCAACCGGAAGUGUGCUGGGCACUUGGGAUAUGCCACAGACAGGAACUGGAAGAGUCAAGAGUGGCCUGACUUUGUCAACAGCUACGCAUCCUGGUGGUCAUCCCAUGUCCUGGACUGGCUCAAGUAUGGCAAACGGCUCUUGGUUGUCCACUAUGAGGACCUGCGGCGCAGCCUCCUCCCCAAGCUGAGGGAGAUGGUGGCUUUCCUGAACGUGUCAGUAACAGAGGAGAGGCUUCUGUGUGUGGAGAGCAACAGGGAAGGGAGCUUCCGGAGGCUCGGUGGGCAGCCGAGAGAGCCCGAGCAAGCCUUCACAGCCGAAAUGAAGGCGCUCAUCGAUGGCUACAUCCGGACUGUGGACCAGGCUCUGCGGGAGAGGAACUGGACCGGCCUGCCCAGAGAAUACAUGCCCAGAUGAUGGAGUCCUGGCAUGCAGCUCCCGCACCACCUCUCUCCCUUUGGUCUGACACUCGUGUGCAGAAGCACACAUGACCACACUCACACAUGCACACAUACACUCACACAUGUUCAUUUGCUCACACACACAUAUACACUCUCCCUCACAUAUGCACACUCACACAUACAUGCAAACUCACCAACAUACUUACAUACCUCCUACACACUUAUAAAUGCACACUCAUACAUAUUCAUACACUCACUCACACAUACACAUAUACACACUCUCCCUCACACAUGCACUCGCACAGACAUUCACACAUACACUCACCCAUACAGAAUGUACUCAAAAACACACACAUGCACACACACACACACACACACACACACCCCGCAUACACUUAAACAUACAGUGGCUUUCAGAAGCCCAUAGGUUUACAGCCCCGGUGCCUUGCUGGGGUCAACCGAGGAAGGCAGUUUUCCUGGACUCUGGGAGGCUCCUGCGACACUCCCUAAUUGUGUGUGCCAAAAGCUGGAAUUUGAACAUGAGGUCACAAACUGAGGCCCAGCCUGUUUUGGGGGGGGGUGUCGUAUGGAAGGGCUGGGGCCUCUGAGCAGCUAUGAUGACCAGCUUGGGCUGCUAGAUCCAGAAAGAGUUGUCCCCUCACAGGUGCUCAGUUCUGCAGAAUGGGAUUGAUUGUCAUACUCCACAAGUCACCCUUGCCCAGACAAACAUGCUGGCCAUAUCUCAGAGACCCCUCUCCUCCAGGCUGGCUUCAGUUGCCCAGCUCAUGCUCCCCAGAAGCUCUGCUCAAGGGGUUUCCCUUUGGUCUGUGGGGGAUGAGUAGAGAGGGAAGGAGGCAGCACCCAGAAGCUGGACCCAGCAACCCUUGUACUAGUGGCUGUGAAGGAACCCUGCUGGAGGGUUCCUGAGAUGUGGCUGGGCUUCAGGUGGGAGACACCCUCAUGGGAGGCUGGUAACUUUCCUGGGGAAACCUGGAUAUGGGGGCAGGGAGAAGGCAGUCAGGCCACUGCUCCUAGGCACCUCAGGGCACACAGAGAGGGGUCAUCAGUGCCUGCACUUGGCUUGUGGACACUACCAGCUACUGAAGGAGGGUCCUGGUCCAAUUCCUUGGGAAAAUGGGAUGGUUGGAUCUGUUCUGUGUCUCUGUGUAAUAACUUGGCCUUUCUGGGUCUGCCUACAUUCUCGGUGUGUGUCUGUCUAUCUCUGCCUGACACUCCCUGCAUCCUCCCUGCCAGCUCUUUCUGGUUUUCUGUGCACUGGGGAUCCUGAGAAUAUAGCCUGUAUAUGGCUUCUGCCAGUGAAGAAUGCUGGGUUGAGAAAAGUGACCUAAGCCAGUCAAUAGGUACUAAGCAUGUUUUAGCACCUACAGUGUUCCAGGCACAGUACUUAGUACAGAGGAUAUAAGGAAAGGCAAAAGACAGUCCAUGCCCCCAAGGUGCUCACAACAGACUGGCCCUGGCCGGAGGGAAAGUCCCACUCUCUGAUCUCUUUAGAACUCAGCCCCACCUAUGCAUCUUCUAAAAAAGGGUGGCCCCAAAGUGGACUGGGCAGCUGAGGAGUUAGGCAGGGCCUUGCCUGGGGCUGGGUCACUGCUUGUUUGGGAGGCUGCAAAAAGGAUUUGGGGAGGUGUCAGAGGGCUCUCAGAGCUUGGAGAUUCAAUCAUUUCCAUAAGGCUCUGAGUCUCUGCUCCUACCCAAGACUCAAUGAGAUGUCCAGAGGCACACAUGAUGGUCAUAAAUUUUUAUGGGCAACCAGGAGGUGAGGGAAGGGGCGGGGGAGAAAGGAGGCAUCUUAAUGCCUUCUGGUCUCAGUGAGCCACUGCAACUCAUCCUGGAGGGAGGCCAGUGUGAGCUCAGGGGAUGGGGAUGACUCCUUCCAGUGACCUGGUAUUUGUCUCACCUGGGCCAUUCCUCUGAAUCCCUGCGUGGUCAUGGAGAAUUGCUCCCCAUCAAGAUAAUUUACCUUCCUGUAGUAGCCUAUGGCUUCCAAAGCUCUUUCCUCCCAGUAAUCCUUAUAGGUUAUGCAGAUACCACCUUCCACAUUUUACAGAUGAGGAAAAUGAGGAUUAAGUAGUCCACAUGGUUAAAGCCAUGACCACAUGGUUGAGCUUUGGCCUCAAGCCCUAUGAUCUUAAGUUUAGAGCUGGUCAGUCACACAUUGUUUGUGAAAGUUGACUCACUGGAGUUAACUUUGAUGCUAAACAUGAAUGCCCCUUCUAGGCAUAUGAGCUCUGCUGCUUGCAGUGGCUGUUUCUGAAACCAGUGGGAAUCCUUCUCUUGCUAUUCUUAAGCCCCACUUGCCUCUGCUGUUCUCCUUAGACCUGACUGGCUUUCAGCAGAGUCCUGGACAGUGCCCCUCCCCAAGGUGGCCCUUAGUGGCCCUGUCCCUCCACUUGUUGGGGAGAUCCAAGGUUUAAUGCUAAGGGAAUUUUGGGGCUCUUCUGGCCUCCUCACUUUGGAAAGUGUUCUGUAUUGGUUAGACUUAGCUGGGAACUGAUGAGAGUCUUUGGCUUCCCUUUUCUCUGUUUUCCAUUUUUUUUUUUAAUGAAAAGCUCUUUAAAGCAGGUUGAGUCAGAGCCGCAUUGUGUCACACAAUGUCUUCCUGUCCCAUUUCUCUUUUCUUCUUUGGGAUCUGUUUUCUCUUUUACUCUGUUUUUUUUUCUUUUUUUGGCCUCUGUGACCUAUGUAAUGAACAAAAGCACAAGAUGACCCUGUGCUGGGUCACCCUUUCCAUAUUUGUACUGAUGGGGGAUAGGGAAAGGGCCUUGCUAGGAAUCAGAGUCCUUCAACUAUAUGUAAGCAAUAUGUAGCUUUUGGGGUCCUCUGGAUGAGGCUUCUGGCCAGCAACCAAUGAGAUACUAGGAUCAGUAGAAGCCUGUCUGUGCAAUAGCUAAGUGGGAGCAAGGUGUACAUGUGCACUCCUCAGAGUAGCCAGUGAGGGAGUUGGUAGAGCCAGCUUCAUCAGAUGCUCCAAAGCUCAAGAGCUGUACACUUACAGGGCAUAUGGUCACCUUGGCUAGAAGUGCUCAUGGUGAAGGUGACUGUGGACAAUCGUGAAGCUAGUUUUAGCUUUCAUGCUGAUGUAUGGUUCAUAGCAAAGAAUCUGCCAAGAAUUCACAAAGAUCCCUCAGACAAAAUCAGCCUAGUUUGAUCAUUGGGGUCUUCUCUGUGAACAUGGGCACAGGUAAGGUUUCAUUCAAAAUCAAAUGAUGAAAGCAGCCAAAGACUUUUUUGUGACUGAUUCCCAAAUGUCUUACUUGCAUAUCAUGUCUAUUUUCAGAGUUGGACUUGGUAAGCACGGAAUGACUUCAUAAAAGCUAAACUGACUUUGUUUUCAUAGAUAAGAAGGCAGCAGUGGCAGAUGUAGCGAUCAUUUUGGAAUUCAUUGUCUUCAUGCAGCCUGGUUAGAGCCGAGGUUGGUGUUCACUGGCCACCAUGUUAAUGGAGUCUCUAACCUAUGAACUUUGAAAAGUGAAAUUAGGGUUAGAGUUGGCAUGGCCUCAGCAUUGUGAAGGAGGGUGGCUCCCUUGGGCAACUCAAGUAUGAAUGAAAUAGUGCUGCACAUGCAGGUAGCAUGCCCUUGUCACAGCAUCAUAGGGCUUAGAGCUGGAAGAGGCCUCAGUAGCCUUUAAACCAGACUAUACCCAACAAGGAGAAGGAAUGUAUCACUGGCUGCCCAAGGCAUCCCACUCCCCCUUGGAACAGCUCAAAUUGUAAAAGUUUCUCCUGACUUUGAGAUCGAGUCAAUCUCUUUGAAUUGUCCAGCUCCAGUGCUCUGCCCUGUGGGGCCAAAUAGAGCAACUUAAAGCCCUCUUCCAUACAACAGUCCUUCAGAUCUUGAAAACAGAUCUUAUAGAAAUAGUUAUUACAAUCAUUAGUAGAAAUGCAGAAAAUAGGCUAAUGAGUGAAGCACAGGCUCCCAGACUUGAGGACUCUGGGUUACAGGUGUGGAUUGGACCUGGUGGCCUACAAGGUCCCUCCCAGCUCCAAAACUCAGGGGUUCUGGGAUCUCCCAGACAUAAAGAGCUUCAGUGACCAUCUAGUCUGAUCCAUCGCACCUCAAGCCAAAAUCUCCUCUACCAUCUGCCCAGCCAGUGUCCAUCAGAUUCUCAGCCUGCCCAUGUCCUUGACCCUUUGAACAGAUUGAAUAGAAGUUUUUUCUACAAAUCAAGCCUAAAUUUGCACCUUUGCAACAUCUACCAUCUUCUCUGCUCUCUGAGACCAAACCAUGCAAAUGUAAUCUCUCCUAAACAUGGUGCCCUUUCAAGUACUUGAAAACAGCUGUCAUAUUCCCCCAGGCCUUUUCUUCUUCAGUCUACACAUGCCCAGUCCAUUCACCCAAUCCUGGAGUGGCCCAAUCUACAGGCCCUUCUCCUUCAUGACUAUCCUUCUCUGAAUGCACUUCAGUUCAUCAGGGUCCUUCCUAGAAUGCAUCAGCUUUGAUGAAACCCAAAUGUGUCCUCUUCAGGACUGGUACCCUGGGACCAUCUUCUCAUUGAGGCUCAGUGUUUCCUUAAUGCAGCCUAAGGCCACUUUAAUUUCUCCUGUUUCCAUAUGGCACCACUGGCUUAGGUUGAACAUUAGUGUCUUGUCCAGAAGAGGCACAUGAUAGCUGUUGAACUGGCUAAAUUCCCAGGUUAUACCUCACUGAUCUACUUUGGAGGUGAAUGUUGAAAUUCCAAUUUAGGACUUUACAUUAAAUAUCAUCCUAUUAGAUUCAGCCCACACUCUAGCUGUCACAAUUCUGACUCUGCUAUUUGGGGUGUUAGCUCUAUCCCUCUCAGUAAAUUAAAUCAAUACCAUCUGUGCCUUCAUACCAGUCAUUAAUCAACAUUUUGAAUAGCUCAGGACCAAGCACAGCUCCCCUGGGGCAUCUUACAGCUUCAUCCUUCUAGGCUGAUGUCAGGUUGUUACUGAUAUUACUGACAUUACUCUUUGGCACUGAAGAGAAUUAGAGCUCAUUUCAACCUUUCUGAAUUCAACUAACUGUAUUAUGGUCUAGCCCCCAACUUUCUGUAUGGGCCACAGGGAAAGGAUAAGAGCUUUUGUCCCAUACUUAGUGGCUAGCCAGGUAAAUAAUAUGUGCAGUAUUUCCUCAACUUACCAGUCUAGUUAUCCUGGGGUAGGGGUGGGGGUGGAAUGAAGCUAGACUAGCUUGAUUUUUUCUUGUUGAUACCGGACUAGCUUUGGGGAACCAUUGCUUACUUUUUUAGAUAGACUCACUGACCAUCCCUUUCAUGAUACAUUCAAGACUUUUGCCCAGAAUUGAAGACAGACUCCUUAGCUUAUAGUGUACAGACUCUUUCUUUUUUGGAAGACCAUAACAUUUGUCUUUCUCCACUCUGACCACACGCACCCUUGGGACCUUUUGAAUGUCACAUAUUUUCAUAUAUUUUAAUAUUUCUGUGGUUCAGAAGCCACAUCUGCCACUUCUUUCAGCACCAAGGGAAACAGUUCUUCUGGGACAGGUGACUCGACUUCAGCCAGGGCAGCAAUUUCUCUUCUCAGCUAUUGUGAUAAUAACAACCACAAUGGAGCCAUCUUGACAUAAAGCUUCAGUAUUUUCUAAAUGCUGUAUAUGCACUCUCAUUAGAUCCUCACAAUCACCUGGAGAGGAGGCUGUUCUUAAUAUCCCCAUUUUACAGACGAGGAAGUAGACUCAGGUUAAGUGACUUGCCCAGGGUCACAAAAAUACGAAGUGCCUGAAGUGAGAUCUGACUCCAGGUCUUUCUGACAUCAAGUACAGCUCAUUAUACCCCAUCACAUUGCCUCUUUCCUUUCUUACAUGAAACGUAUUGCCAGCCCUAGAAUACUACAUAGAUGUCAGUUAAUUCAAAUGUCAUCGUCCAUGGCGGAGAAAGAAACAAAAUAGAAUUUGAAUCAUUCCACUUUCCAUUGUCACUUACUGUCAUCCCAUCGACCCCAAGCUGGGAUCUUGUCUCUUUUAUGAUAUUUUCCUCUGAAGACAGCUUUAAAAACCACAAUAAGACAGUCACCAAAAUCAUCAGCCUCAAGUCAUCUGGCCUUUAGGAUCUGGGAGACUGUUCUUACAAGGCCAUGCUAAUUGUGCGUAUUCAUCCUUUGUUACUAGCCCUUGCCGCCACUUCUGCAAGGUUUUUCAGAAUCCACCUGGAUGGUAAGUUCCCUGUGCAUGCCCAUUUGCCCCUUCCGGUGACUAUGCUCUUCCCUCUUCACUGGAAGGGUUCUUCUUGGUGCCUUCAGAAUCUCAUUCUCAAGAGUUUGCCAUCUCCCCUGUGCUUAUUUCUCUUAUAAAAUUGUAAUUCUUGAGCUCUUUCCUUGCACCCUAUGGAAAGGCUACUCUGAAUGUCUUCUCUUAUUUAUAGACAUGAGUUCUGGAUCAGUAUUUGGUCUUGUUGUUUUUGGUGUUGGUUGGUGGGGACAGCCUGGAUCUGUAAUUGAAUCAGCACAGGGAAUGCCUGGAGAGUAAAUCCGUGGCACUCUUCCAGACUGGGAAAGUAAGAGGUUAAAUGACUUGCCCAGAGUCACAUGGCUAAGGUGUAUCAGAGAUAGGAUUUGAAGGCAGGUCUUCCUGAUGUGAGGACUGCUCUCUAGCCACUUCCCCAGGGUUGCUUCUGCCAGCACCUGCCCAUGAUUAAGAGUGGACCACAAAGCUGAUGCAUGCAGAGGAGUGGGAAGGAAGAGUGAUGCUGGAGCUUGACCCAACCAAUAUUUCAUCUAAGUGGCCCCUUCUGGCAGUGAUGGAAGCUUCCCAAGUGUGAGAUUCAAUUCAUUUUGAGGAUGCAUCAUAAGUUUUAUUAGCAUUUGCUGCCAAAAUGCCUUUUGCUGCUUCUGUGUUAAUUACUCAAGACCAUUUACAAUUGACCCAUGAGAGCCAGCCAGAUUAACCUUCUGGUCCUCUUCUAUAUGGGCAUCUUGUCUAGGGCACCUGGCCUGCAUCAUCAGAAGAAGGGAGGAUGGAAAGUGGGGGCCCAACUGAUAGAGGGGAGAGCCCUGGGGUUCUGACCCCAAGCAACUGCAGAAAAUGCACAGCCUUUGGUUCUCCCAGAUCUCAAGGGUAGUGCUGGUCCUUGGUAUAACUGCCCCCUUUAAGCAGUGCAGUUCUGUGUAUAUGUUGGCUAUGUGCAUUCAUGUGUGUAUAUGUGUUUGCAUACAUACAUAUAUGUGUGUGUAUAUACAUAUACAUACAUAUAUGUAUAUUGUCAUAUGUUCCUGUAAGUUCACCUGUAUAUGUGCUUUCCACCUGGGAUCACUGAAAUUCGGAGUAUUUUGAUCCCAGGGUCACUGGGGCCUAUAAUCCCUGCAAACCAUACUGAAAAAAUGUAUCCCCACUUCACUCAACUGUUAGCUGCUGCUUCAUGCAGAAGCAGGCCCCAAACCCAGAUAUAGGGCAACUGUCCUUUGCCAAUAUCCCAGAAGGGUAGUCAGGAAGCCUCAGUACAUUUUCCAGGAGAAGAGGGGCUUGGGGCCAUCCAUAUUGACUGUUCAGUCAGGUGACUAUCUAUGCUGGACUCUGUGAUGGCAAAUUAACAUGAACAAUUCCUUGCUUUCAUAGAUGUGUGUGUGUGUGUGUGUGUGUGUGUGUGUAUGUUGAAUGUGGAGAGAUAGAAAGAGACAGAGACAGACAGGCAAAAAGAUAGACAGACAUAGAAAAUAUCCUGGGAAAAGAAAGCUCUAUGAGGUUCCCCCCCCCACCCAUGGACAUUCAUUCUGGAUCAGUCUUUAGUCAUGAUAUUUUGGGUGGUGGGUGCAAUACCAAUAGUCUAGAGAAUAAGUGGAGGGGAAAGUUUUUGACUUUGUGUAACCAAGUCCAUUAGGACGUCUUUAGCCAGUCGCAGAAUCUCAAGUGAUUCAGUGGCUUAUAAAUUGUUAUGCCAUGGUGGGGGGGCCUGGGACCACAUUCCUGGAUCAGUGAGGUCAGGGAUAGGGCUCUGGCCAAAAAGGGGGGACCCAGGUCAUCAUCCCCUCCAGUCAGAAGCUCUCUGGAUGACCCUCAGAAUGUCCCCACUUUCAGCCUCAGUUUCCUUCUCUGUACCUUUUAUAUUAUUUACACCUUGUUUAUUGUUCUGUGACCACCUCUCUAUUUCCUCCCUCUCCUUCCACUGACAUUAAUAAAGUAACAUAGGCCUGCAGCUAGAAGGGACUCCCUAGAGUGACCUGGCUUGGGUCCCUCUCUCAGUACAAGUACCAGGAAGCAUAGGAGCCGUGCCUGACCCUCUUCUGAAGAAGAGGGCCCUAUAGGCAAGAAUGGCAUGAUGGGGCUUGGACUGGGAGCCCACCCAUGAUGUCAUGACCUUGAGCCUUGCCUAGAUCUCCAUACUGCAGCUUAAAUGGACUUCUGGUGCAGUUAAGGAAAUUUGAGGAAAGCUGUCUCUCUCCCCCAAACCUUCUCCACUGUGGAUAAAAUGAAACUUCCAUAAAAUAGUCCUUUCCUUGAGAAAAUAUUGACUGGUGAGACCAACGAGAUACAUUCAUGUGGAAUUCAUAACUUAUGUUUCCCUUUCCCAAAGCCACACUCUUUAUUCUCUUUAGGAAAUAAAAUCUCAGGUCUUGACCAUCCCAGAAAAUGAGGACAUAUAUGUUUACAACAAAUAGCACCAAGCUUAGGAUCUUAAGCAUACCAGACACUCAAUAAGUAUUUUAUGAAUGAAUGAAUGAGUGGUGGGUGGGUGGAUAUAGGGACAAAGGGAUGGAUGGAGGGAUGGGCACAUGGAUGAAAAACCUGGUUCAUUCACAUUUGCUUUUCAAAGGACUAGGAAGGUAUGGUUCCCAAACCUUCUUCCUUUUCUAUGGACCAUAUAAACACAGAAUCUGAUUGGAAAAUACCUGUUUGAAUUUCCUCCUACAGAUUUUUUAGAAGGCAGCUCUGGGGGCUAAAUUUCAGUAUUGUCCUUCCCUUUCCUGAGCCAGAUAGAGGGUAUAAAUCUGCGUUGGUCCAGAGUUACAUUAAAUAAGGCUCUAUCUAGGUCACUGGAGAUGUCUGGUGGCAACAGGGCCUAAUAACCAAGACAACUUCAGCCAUCCAGUUGCUCCCUUCCCCCCCCCCCCAACCACUAUGGCUCCUGGCUUCAGUUUUGAUAUAUAUGCUCAGCUUCUCACCCCUGUUAUAUGGCCCCACUCCUGCUGCCAACUUUAUUAACAGUGGAAGGAAAGAAAGGAAAUUGGGACUUUAUAGAGGCAGGGAGAGGAGAGAGAGAGAGAGAGAGAGAGAGAGAGAGAGAGAGAGAGAGAGAGAGAGAGAGAGAGAGAGAGAGAGAAUGAGAGAGAAUGAGAGAGAAUCACUUUUGUUCCCUGUUCAGAUUAAGGGAACUAUCUCUCCUCCUGGGAUCCUUCCCAUCACCUGUUCAGUCUCAGACUGGAGGGAUGCUGCCCCAUCAUCUCUCAGCUAUCCUUUUGCUAGAACACCUCCUAUUUUUCACCAGAGUCUUCCCUGAUUGCUCACACUGUGCUCACUUUUACCAAAACAGAGGAAAGUGAGGCAGGGCAGGAGAGAGGGUCUUCCUGUUUUCAUAUCCCUUCAUAGGCCCAGGACAGCCCACUGAGAGGCUUCUCUUGUCCUAGGGGCAGGCUGACCCCUGGUGCAGGCAAUCUACUUAAAACUUUCCAGGUAAUGACUUCACAUUGCACUGAUCUGGGAAAUCAAACCAGCCUUGCUAUUCCCUCAUUCCCAUUGGCUCUUCCAGUUACCUUCAAUGACGUUGCUUUUCCCUCCUAAGCACUUGGUUCAUUUCCACUGAGUUUCCAUUGAGAUCCACUGUCUCCACUAAUGUCCAGCCCCUUCUCCUCUGGAGCUACUUUACCCUUCAGGACUGUCUUUCCUGGGGGUAGGCUGGCAUUUGAUUCUCCUCUCUGGGACUGUAUAUGUCUUUCAAUGGAAUGGACAGGGUAAGAUGAUCAGGCAGUCAGUGUGAUUUCAUUCCUUAUCAUUGACUUAUGACCUUGGAUCUCCUCUUUAAGAGAUCUCCUGGUUAGCCUCACUCCCUUUAUUAGCACUUAAUUAAGAUAAAUGAAGGUAUAGUCAGAUGCACAGAUUCUAUCAGGGAGGUGAUUCCUUUUCUCCUUGGACCCCAGUCUAACACCCCCAGUCUCCCUCAUAUUCCAAAUCCAUGAAACCUUAGAUCCCCAAACUGGCUUCUCUCUCAUGAAAGGCUUCCAGGUGUGGGGAGUGUUAGGGAGGCAUUAUGGGGGGUUGCAUCAUUGGGCAUGGUGAGGUGAAAAGAAUCACUGCCUCAGAGGGAUGUCUUGUCACUGACUAGCUGGUGACCUUAGGGAAAUAGCUUCACUUUUAAACCUCAGCUUAUCAGACUUUAUAAGGGAACUACCAGCAUCCACCUCACAGAGAUGUAUUGAGGAUUAGUGGAGACUGUCUGUCAGAUACCUGGCUUGGCUUGGAGGUGACAGAAAGUUUGCCAGGCUUCAGCCAGGCUGAGCAGAGGACUGUCCCUAGGCCACAGGAAGCAGGCUGUGGCUUCCUGACAUGGCUGUGGAAUGUGUGGCAACCCUGAAAAGAAUGGGUGGCGGUGCUUAGGUGCACCUGCACAAGUGAGGGAUCAGGGAGAGGAAGAGAACAUGGGACCGGAAAGUGUAAAUUCAUGCUGGGAGGGGGGAGGCUUAGGCAUGGAUCCCCAGGAAGCACCCAAGCCCUGGGCUGUAGGCCACUGAGAAGCAUGGGGACUGGAGGAGGCCACAGCUUCCACAGAGACCUCAUGGGCCCACUGAGUUCUGGUCCUUUUGGAGCGCUCUUAGUAUUUCUCUGAACAGGGAGGGUAAGUGACCCAGAACAGAUCUGACAUCUGAGCCCAUGAAUCCCUCGUCCUUAUGAUCGCUCAAAGCGCAGCCAUCAGACCCAAGCUUGGGGUGUGCUUGAGAUGCCCAUGGUGGGUGGGGGAAGUUUCUGGGUCUGGAACUGCAAGGUCAUUCCUAAUGGCUUCCGGCUUCAGCCACGUUGUCACCCCCCUGCAGAACCGACCUGGUCUGACUUGAUCAUGUUUUGUUCCUGAUAAGGCCAGGAAGGCCUCUGCUAAUGAAGAUCUACAAAAAGCAUGUUGUCUUCAGGAGACAUCGGUAUUCCAGCUCCAGGAAGGGUGUGAUCCUGGCUCUGAUGGGAGCUGUUGGAGAAGUCCUUCUCUCUCUCCCCUCCCUCACCCCUCCAGCAUUUCAUUCUCCUUCAAUCACAUUGUCUGUUUCUUUCCUGAUUUGAUGUGUUCUCUGGGUGCCCUUGUCUGGGCUCCUUCCUGCUGAGUGCCCAGGCUGGCAGAGCCAGCAGAGGCAGGGCUAGGAGGAUGCCCAUGGGCAGCUGCCCUUCAUGGCAGCCUUUCCUGGCCUGAGAAGGAGAAAACAAGGCCUGCAGCCAUUUGGAGGAGGGCAGGGCCACCCCUCCUGCCACAGCCCGACUGUGCAGCCAGCAGAGAAGCCUGGACCCAGCCCGGGGACUUGGUCCAGGGGAUGACACAAGGCAUGGCCAGCUGACCAGAGCCAGCAUCCACUUUUUAGGGCCAAUGGCAUUUCCCACAGAGGCUUCCUUUUUGAACAGCUUUGUAGCAAAAGUGCUAUUUUAAUAAAGAUUCCUGGUGAAUUCAU